AUGACAUUCAAAGCCCUCUUCGACACCCGAGAGGUGACAAAAGUGUACUACUACGCCCUUCGAACUGCGAUUGAUCGUGACAAGCGUGUAACAAAUGGUGGACUAGGUUCAAGCCAACCGUCAGCUGCAAUUAUCUUCCAGUGUAUAUGGACGCCUCGUAUAGCCAUUCAAUCGCCCACGCACCUUCAAACACGACGACUUCGGUGGACAACUGUGAAUAAUCAAUCGAUAAAACACCAAUCCACCACCGGCCCCGUGUCCUCUUUGGUCCUAUUCGCCUAUCACUCCCAAUUCACCAAAAGCAUAGGCAGUUUGGUCCCCGGUUACCGGUUUCAUUUCAGACGAUCUGCCAACUCUGUCUCCGAGUACCCCGUUGAGAUGCACACCCAGAAUUUAAACGACUUUAAAGUUAAGCGCUCGAUACGGUUGAACCAACCAGAUUUCUAA